AGAAAUAAAUAGAGUGUGAUGAAACAAAAAGAGAGCUCAAAGUAGCUCCUACAAUAAGGAUGACUUGAUAAAAGAGGAAAAUGUUCAGCCUGCCUGUUCACCAAAAAAUCCGCCAUUUUCAUCCAGUUGGGAGAAAUAAAGAGCCAAUUGCUGAAGAUGCAACACGUUUGAGAAAGUUAAAUCAAAGGCUUAAAAAAGUGUCAUGUCCCAGAGAAGAUGUUGCUCUACCUUUAGUGUAUACUGGUGGAUUAUCAAAGCCACUCACAAUAUUGGACUCUUUAUCUAACAAAGAUAAUAUAUCACUUAGAGAAAUAAGUUGGAUGGAGAGUGAAUUAUCAAAGCUACAUAACCAGUUACGAAGGCUUCAUACCUCCCUCUCUUUAUUACCAAAGUGUACUCCAGUACUACCUACUCUAAAGGAGGUUGAUCCUCUUUAUAAACUGCUGGACCACUCAAGCAUUGAAGUGUCUGGUACAAUGGAUCUGUUAUCAAUUGUAUCCUUAUCACUAGCUAUACCUGGGCAAACUCCACACAAGUUGACUAAUGAGUGCAUUACUGACACUGAAAUGGCUAAAAAGGAAUUAUCUUCAGCUAAAGACAAGAAAAUAACAAAGACAUUAUUAGAGACAAUACUAAGAACACUUGAAAUAAUGGAAUCAAGACAAGCUGACCAGUUGAAGGCUCAAGAGGCAGAAAUAAUCAGACAGAAAGAGAGCAUGGAAGAUUAUGUGAAGUACAUUGAAGAAUUGUUUCUUAGCAUUAAGACAAGUCAUAAAGAGUUCAUGAGGGAUUUAUAUCAUAAGAUUGACUUCCCAUUAAAAGAUCUUACAGCUCAUUAUUAUCAUUUAAAGGCCAGCAACAGUUCAUUGGAGAUAUUAGAAUCAUAUAUUUAUGAAUUAAAUGACUUUUGUAGACAGUUAAAGCAAAUAUCAGAGAAAGACUCAGAGUCAUUAUUAGGUGUAUUCAGUGAAAUGUCAUCACAAAGUACAAAGAUGAAUUAAAUCUCAUAUCACUUCUAAAUUAAAAUUAAAUGAUUAUUAUUAAUUGUAUAUGCACAUACAAAAGACUUUAAAUGAGAAUUUAAAAAAUUAAUUUUGAGGAAUACUUUAAUAAUUAUGGUCACUGCUUUAAUAGCCAAAAC